UUCGAAACAACUUCAAUUUUUUGUUUAUUUAUUUUCCGGGAGUGAGUAGACCGGAGAUUAUAUUCUUAUCUUAUUGAUUUAGCUUUUUUUCCUCUUAAGUUUUCAAGACAAAAUUUCCUGACUAUCUCUUCUGUAAAGCUUUCAAAAAUGAUUAAUACUGGAAAAUUAGCUGGCAAAACAAUAUUCAUCACUGGAGGUAGUCGUGGAAUAGGAAAAGCCAUUGGUUUGAAAGCAGCCAGUGAUGGAGCGAAUGUUGUGAUUGCUGCUAAAACUGCUACAGCACAUCCUAAGUUACCAGGCACGAUAUAUACUGCUGCAAAAGAAAUUGAAGCUGUUGGUGGAAAGUGCCUUCCUUGCAUUGUUGAUGUCAGAGAUGAGGAACAAGUACAAAAUGCCGUUGAUGCAGCUGUUAAUAAUUUUGGUGGCAUAGAUAUUUUAGUAAAUAAUGCAUCAGCUAUUCAUUUAACUGGUACAGAAGCUACACCAAUGAAGCGUUAUGAUCUUAUGCACAAUAUCAACACACGAGGAACAUUCUUAGUAUCUAAGCUUUGUAUACCACAUUUGAAAAAAUCAUCAAAUGCUCAUAUAUUGAAUAUCAGUCCUCCAUUGCUGAUGGAAUCCAUCUGGUUUAAACGACAUGUAGCUUAUACUAUGGCCAAGUAUGGAAUGUCUAUGUGUGUCUUGGGAAUGGCUGAAGAGUUAAAAGAAGACAACAUUGCUGUAAAUGCUUUAUGGCCCAAAACAGCAAUCGCUACUGCAGCAAUGGAAAUGCUUGGUGGAAAAGAUAUCACUAAGAACUGUAGAAAACCAGAUGUUAUGGCUGAUGCUGCAUAUGCAGUGUUUAUGAACAGAAACUCAGGUCAAUUCCUAAUUGAUGAAGAUGUUCUGAAAUCCCAGGGAAUUACUGAUUUGGAUCAAUAUGCAGUUGAUCCAACUCAACAGUUGUCUCCUGAUUUUUUUCUUCCAGAGGAGCAUUUAAAAUCAUUUUCUGUUAAUUUGGAUGAACUAUAUAUGUCCGGUGAGCAAAAGCCUGCCGAUAACUCUGUGGAAACUGUCUUCAACAAAAUAAAAUCUGUUUUAAAUGAAGAAGUUGUCAAGAAAACGUCUGGUGUCUACUCAUUUCAAAUUACUGGUCCAGUUAAUGAAGAAUGGUAUGUUGACAUGAAAAAUGGAUCUGGAUCUGUUGGCAAAGGAUCCCCACCAUCCGGUAAAGCUGAUGUCACUCUUAUCCUGGAUCUUGAAAGUUUUGUAAAUAUGUUCACUGGUAAAUUGAAACCUACAAGUGCUUUUAUGUCUGGUAAAUUAAAAUUAAAAGGUGAUAUGUCUUUAGCAAUGAAGCUGGAAAAGUUAAUGUCACAUUUAAAAUCAAAAUUAUAGAAAGUUUUUAUUUCUAUGCUCUAUAAAUUGUUAAAGUUAAUUAAAUGUUAUCUUUAACUAUUAAAAUGUAAAAGUUUGGAUAUUUUAUAUGUUAAAAUAUAUUGUUAACAUAACAGAUGUUUUAAUUGUCUUCUAAUAUUGUAUGUAAAUGAAUUGUUUUUCUACUUUAAAUUUAUAUUGUAUUUGGCAAGUUUUGAACAAACAGUAAUAAAAUUUUAUUUUUCUUAAAA